AUGACACAGACGUCUUCGUGGCCGGCUAAGGCAGAAGUAGUUCUGACAUCCUCUGACACAGGUUCAGGAACAGGCUCUGGCCUUAACUUUGGCACCGGCACUGAAGCUGGCACAGGUGCCGACUCUGGCGCUGACUCUGACACAGGUUCUGAUGCUGGCUCUGCCACUGGCUCUGGAAAAGUCUCUGAUGCAGGCUCUGAUGCUGGCUCUGGAGUAGAUUCUGACACAGGCUCUGAUGCUGGCUCCGGCACUGGCUCUAGAGUAGACUCUGACACUGGCUCUGACGCUGGCUCUGGAGUAGACUCUGACGCAGGCUCCAACACUGGCUCUGGAGUAGGGAACAAUCUGGUGUCUCUGUCAGGCCCCAUCUGUGCAAAUUUGUUGGUGUUGGUAGCACAUCAUACACAGAUCACAGGAGGAACUGGAGUUGGAAUUGUGGAUACCUCCAUAUCUCUGACUAGCAUUCUGUAUAACAUCUACAGACUGUCAUGUGUGAAAAUCUCAGAUCAGCAGUUUCACCGAAUCACCGAGUAUAAAUGUUUGAUGUGA